UCAGAUUGAGAGAGGAAAGACACGCCGGUGUUUCGUUUUGCAACUCCAAUGCGUGUGACCGACAUUCUCAAAUGAAUCAACACCAGAGGAACCUCAGGAUUGAACGGACCUCCAUCUCCCAGAAGAGCCAUCAAAGACAACGUUGUUAGCUCACAGGAAAUGCAAGAUAAGUGGCAGGUUGAGGUGAAAAAGGUUCCAUGAGAUGACAUUUUGUCCUUGGAAUAAUCAGCUGAAGGGCCAUCAUCACGCAGACCCUGAAGAGGAGAGAAAGGGAGGGAAGAAAUACUCAUAACUCUAUAGAUGGCCUCAGCACCCUGCAGGUGUCUUUGAGUGCGCCAAAAGAAUCGGUCCGACAUGAGCAUCCCAACUGGUUUCCAGGGACUGAGAGUCAAUGUUGACAGAGGAGAGAAGAUUGGAAGCAAAACCCAGAUCCAGUUCCCCCAGUCUGGGGAUGAUAAUGCUAAUCGAUUAUCUGCGAUUGGCAAUCAAGAAGGAAGAGGCUUGAUAGAGGACACAGGUUACAGCACAAGCUCCAUCCCUCCUUUGGUCUCACAGACUGAGUCUCCUGACAAGUUAGUCAUCUGGGGCUCUGAGCAGCAAUGUUUGGAGCCUGAGCUCAGAGAAUUUGAGGUUUUGGACUGUCAGGAGAUACAUACAUUCCUGGGUAACCGGGAUCAGGAGGAGGAGGAUGAUGAUGGAGGUAGUAUCAGAGAUGGAAAGGAUGAGGGUCCCAUGUCUAUAUCCUCGAGCUCAACUGCCAGCUCUGCUUCGACCGGCGUGAGGAGAAAUGACAAUGACAACAACAAAGUGGAGAGCAGAGUGCAGAGGGGUAGAGAGGUGCAGAAAAGGAUUGCCUGUCACAGCACUGAAGAGCUGGACACAUGUGUGACAGGCUCAAUAGAGAAAAGGGACAUCAGGUCAGGCAGGGAGAGACGGAAGGGAGGUCUGAAGGAAUCCAAGUCUGAGACGAAUGUGUUUGUUUCCAGUCUGUCCGCUGUUGCCCUCAGCGGGAGCCUGUCAAGUGCUCUGGAUAGUAGCGGAGAAGCACAGUCUUUUGUCUCCCUGUCCAACUCAAAGACCAACCCGUAUCCCAAUACAAACAACACUACCUCAGCCCAGACCAGACGAAGGGCAGCCCCUGUGGAUGCCAACCAGAACUCCCCGCCAUCGCAUCCUCAGGAGAAUCUUGGCCGUCCUCUACACUACAGUCAGGAUCAGAGACAGGAGGAGGGAAGUCAUCAUAGAAACGGAUUGUCCUCUGAUGUGGUACUGGGCCAGAGGAGGAAGGCAGGAUUUGAGGAGAGGGUGCUGCCACCACGACGGCAGCAGCUGGUCAGACCCCUCUGUCAGACAGAGGUUGGAAGAGCGAAGAAUUCAGAGUCUCAUCAAGCUGAGAUGGGGCAACCCUCUUCCCCCAAUCCUUUUCCAGAUUCACACGGCAAUGUGUCAGCAAGAAAGUUUACAAAAUCGGCUUUACGCGAACCAUCAGAUUUAUCCAACCUAUACAACACACCUGGAGUCUCACAGCCCAGGCAGGCAGCCCAGAGAGAGGCUCCACCUGUAGAAAAACAGUCGUCCACAACUGCAUGGCGCAACUCAAGUCCUUCCAAUCCUUCCACUUUAGAUAAGAGACCUCAGACUCAGCUCACAUACAGGAGGAAUUGCACCAGUCCAAACAGGACAGGGGUUGAUUCCAGGUCAUCUACCCCUCCCCACUCCCCUCUCAGGACUCCCCAGGGUUCACCACGCAGGCAACCCUCCAUGUACCUCGUUUCCAGGAAUGUCUCCGGAGUGGUUCGACAUGUCCCGUCAGGAUGCAACCCUGCUGUAACGACAUCAGCUCAGGGCUAUGGCAACAGCUGCAUGAGAGCACCAGUCAAAACCAACAUAAGCACAAGUGGAAUCCCCAAAGCGCCUCUUAACAACCAGCAGAGUUCCAACCACAACCCCAAAGAGAGCUCCCCAUCACCUAAACUUAAACCUAAAGGAGUUCGACCCAAAAUCAUCACCUACGUCCGAAAGAAUCCUCAGUUUAAGCCCCAGGCUGCUGACGGACCUUAUCAGGUAUCCUCUCUACCAACAAGGCUGUCAGCGUACUCACACAGCCAAACACCCACCUCCUUCAAAGAUAACUCUAAAGACCCCUCCAAGCCCGAUGCAGAACCCAGAGGAGCCCCGGUGCUCAGUGCCUCAAAUCUGCUUUAUGAAAAGUACCGCCAAGAGAUGCAGGCAAACAUCUUCCCAUCAGGAAUGCUGAACAGGAGUAUCAGGCCCCCUGGACACACACACACCGUCCCUCCUGCACACACACACAGCCACACCGCACCCCCGAAACUGGGCAGCAAAGCAGAUAACUUCUACAAGGCACCAUCAGAGGUGGGACGAUCUGCCAGUUUUAAAGGAAGUACAGCUGAGGAGGCCCUGCAGUCCAGGACGGCUGCUCAGGCUGGAGGAAGUGGCAGCCUCCUGCGCUCAGGCAGAGGUCUGCGUCUGGGCCUGGGAGCUGUAACCAGGACGGCUACGGGCUCAGCCAAGGGCAGAGGACCCAGUCAAGGUCAGAGGUCAACACUGGUGUUCAGCCAGCCAGUCCAACCUGUCAGCCCAGCAACCAGUCAGAAAAGCCAAGAUAACACAGAUGACCAGGUGUUCACCCAUCAUGCUCCUCCUCCUCCUGCUGCUCCAGCAUCAGCAUCAGCCCAGCCCCAGGCAGUGGCCUCCAGGUCUCUGCUUCCCAAAACGAGUCAGUCAGGCCUGCGCCCCCCAGGCUUCAGCUCCAGCCGUCUCCCUGCGGGCCGCCUUGCAGCAUUUGGCUUCGUCAGGAGCUCCAGUGUGUCCUCGGUCUCCUCUGCCCACUCUGCUGACAGUACACAGAGUGACCCCUGCAGGACAGCUCACCGUCUAAGUGUGAGUGAGGAGCCUCCUCUUCACAGAGUGACCACCGGCCCUCCGUCAACAGAUCAUCAGCGAGGGACACCAUGUCGCAGCAACAGUCUCCAGCCGCCCUCGACCCCAGCCCUACCCCGGCGCUACCUGCCUGCUCAGCCAAGAAGCUCCCCUGGAGUUGGCAGGAAGGAGUUUCAGCGGAGUUCAGAGGUCACACGUUCUCUCCCGUCCUCCCCAAAGAGGCUGGCGGUGGUUCCUCCCAAACCUCAAUCCCCGGUCCAGUCUGGGCAGCGGCCUGCAGUGGCCGUGCGAGGGUCAGCGCCCCCGGGAUCCCCUCGUCGCGUGGCCCCCCUGAAGCCGCAGCAGGAACAGCAGGAGAGCCUGCAGAGAGAGAAGGAGGAGGCCCAACAGAAAGAGAGAGAAAGGCAAGCAGAAGAGAGAGAAAAAGAAGAGCAAAGAGAAGAGGUUCAGAGGCUGCAGGGACGCUGUGAGCAGCAGGAGAGGCAGCUGGGAGCUCUACGAGAAGAACUGAGGAAGACGUCCUUGGGUCUGGAAGCCUUUAUUAUCACCACUCAGCAUUACUGCCUCAAGAAUAAAACAACAGACGAAAAUCAAAGGAAAUUGUCCUUGGAAAUGCAAAAGAUCAAAGAGGAAAUGGCAUCCAACUCAGUGCGAUGGGAGAGGCUCCAUCGGGAGAAGACGGCACUGGAGGUGGCGUUUGAACGAGAGCUGCAGGAGCUGCAGCUGCAGCAGGAGGCAGAGCUGGCCGCUGUGGAGGAGGGGCUCAGAAAGUGUCACUCAGCAGAGGCAGAACACUUAAAGGAGGAGCAUCGGUCUGAGAUGGAGGAGCUGAGGACUCAGCAACAGGAGCAAAUGGAGGAGAUGACAGUCAACCACCGGGCAGCUAUUCAAGAGCUCAGAGACAUGCAUAACAUCACCAUGGCAACACUGCAUGAGGAGCACGCCCGAACUAUGAGAGACUUAAGGAAAGCUCAUGAUCAACAGAAGAUGCUUCUAGAGGAGGAUUUUGAGAAACUCAGGCUUUCUUUACAGGAUCAAGUGGAUACUCUAACAUUUCAAAACCAGAGUCUGAGGGACAAAGCCAAACGCUUUGAGGAGGCUUUAAGGAGGAGCACAGACGAACAGAUAGUUGAUGCUUUGGCUCCAUACCAGCACAUUGAACAAGAUCUAAAGAGCUUGAAGGAAGUUGUGGAAAUGAAGAACCAGCAGAUACACCAGCAGGAGAAGAAGAUCUCUGAUCUGGAGAAAGUGGCCCAAAAGAACGUGUUCCUUGAGGAGAAGGUCCAGGUUCUGCAGCAGCAGAAUGAAGAUCUUAUGGCUCGCAUUGAACACAACCUAAUCCUGUCCAGGCAACUGUCAGAGGAGAACGCCAACCUCCAUGACUCUGUGGAGAAGGAGAGCUCUGAGAAGAAGCGUCUGAGCCGGAACAACGAGGAGCUUCUGUGGCUUCUCCAGACCAGCCCCCUCAUGUCCCCCGCCUCUUCCCCACUGCACCGCUCCUUCUCCACCUCCCCUGUCCCCUCCUCCCCAUUCUUCUCCUCCUCACCUUUAGCAGGGUGCGACUCCCCCACCCACUGUCACGGCUGUCCACAGCAGGCUCAAUACUGCUCCCCUUCCCACAGAGCUGCUGCCAAUCAAAAUCUCUCCCCUGGCCCAGCCACGCCCACUCACAGGGCAGCGAGCAAUCAGAAUUACUCACCUGGCCCAGCCACGCCCACUCACAGGGCAGCGAGCAAUCAGAAUUACUCACCUGGCCCGGCCACGCCCACUCACAGAGUGCCAGCCAAUCGCUGUAACUCAGCCGCAUGUCUCAGCUCUUUGCAGAGAUAAGCUCACGUCUGUCUUUCGUUUUCAUUGUUCGCCUCCUGUCUUUUUGAAUGUGAAUGGCAUCAAAGUACACGUUGGACAGAAACAUGGACUGCAGUCUCUAGUCAUCACAGGAUAAACUGUGUGUAGUGUGUGAAAGCACCGAGGUUACAGGGUUGCUGUUGGUGUCCAUCAUGUGAAACAUAACUUAGACGUACACACAGAAAAUGUUGUAAUGGAAAAUGAAUGAAGAUGACUGCGGCUUUGAAAUGCAGACUGUACAUACUGUAUGAUAGUGACACGGAUAGUGUCGACAUGUAGUGAAACGUCCCUGCAUGGGUAGUAAUGAGUCCCGCACAGACCAAUUGAAAGUAGCACACUCUUCAACACAAUACUCUGGUGUGUUAAAAAAAAGAAAACACGCUCACGUCCCCAAUAAAAUAAGCUGUACUCUCUCUGACUGGGAUUAGUUUCUCAUAGUUAAUUCUUUGUUUUUUACCCAUCUUAAAAAAUCCCCAACAAAGCGCCUUAUACUGAGUCCUGCCGUCUCACCAGCAGAGAACGACCAAUAUUUCAUAAAGGACUUUGGAUAAAGAAUUGGUUUGUAAAUUAAACACGUUUUCAGCCUCCUCGAGGUGUAUUUAACAUUUUUGUAAUUAGUUCCAGCGCUGAUAGUUUUCCUCGUGGUGUGGGAACCUGGAACCCCAGCCAUUUUACCUGCAAAAUCCAGAGGACUUCAAACCUUUGCCAGGUCUUCCUUGCAGCAUCUCGCCACAUAUAUGAGCUACUCUUCACUUUUUGGGAUCCCUCAGGUCAACUUGCAAAAACUACGUCUGCCAUUUUGUAUUUACCUCAGCGGGAAUGUGCAGUCUGUUGUGUGUCUGUAGCUCAACAGCAACAACAACAACAACAUAAACACACAGCU